GUUUGAUGUGAGUGCGCAAUGUCAUUGUUAAAUAUGUAUUGAUUUUUAGUUCUCGUUACGUCAUUUGUGGCGCUGAUGUUUAAGUUUUUAUAUUUUAUAUUGACAUUUCGCACUUGAACUCGAUCGAAACUAUUUGAAUUCGAUAUUGGUUAUUGCUAAGGGUACCGUUCAUUUUAAACGACUAAUGUUUGUCCGAAUUCGAAAGGCAAUCGUAUUCGGGCUAACGACCUAGUGUAAUUGCACAAUAAAGAGAAAACUGACUAGAUACAUUUCAUGCCAAUCAUUCUAAGUAAUAUUAAAAUGGGACACACCCACAUUCUUAUGUAAAAAAUUAAGAUGAUGGCUUCAUAGAUUUACCUUUGCCUUUCCCAACCGGGAAGAAUAAAAAAAGUCAGAAAACUGUCAACCAAUUGUCAAAAAUCGUUCUUGUUCUUGACGCGUACAUUAUUUAUUUUUUGAGUGUUGAAUUUCUAAUAAAAUGGGCAAGAAAAAGCCCCUUCCGAAUCUCUCUAAGGAGGAGAAGAUGGUCAUCGUAAUAUCUGAGAUCAUACAAGAGUUAUUAGUAGCUCAUCGUCAAGGUAAAGAUGUUAACCUCAAUAAGAUGAAAACGAGAAUUUCGUCGAAGUAUGGCCUGGGGACGUCGCCUAGGCUCGUGGACAUCAUAGCCGCGGUGCCUGCAGACGCCAAAAGCAUCUUGUUGCCGAAGCUAAAGGCCAAACCUAUAAGGACAGCUUCAGGAAUAGCAGUUGUCGCGGUUAUGUGCAAACCACACCGUUGCCCACAUAUAAACUUCACUGGUAACAUUUGCGUCUAUUGUCCGGGAGGACCUGAUUCUGAUUUCGAAUAUUCCACUCAGAGUUAUACUGGUUACGAACCUACUUCCAUGCGAGCUAUAAGAGCGAGGUACAAUCCUUACCUACAGACUCGUCACAGGGUUGAACAGCUGAAACAGCUGGGACAUAGUGUCGAUAAAGUGGAAUUCAUCGUUAUGGGCGGAACUUUUAUGAGUUUACCUGAAGAUUAUAGGGAUUAUUUUAUUAGGAAUCUGCAUGACGCUUUAUCUGGUCAUACAUCUAGUUGUGUAGCGGAGGCUGUGAAAUACUCAGAGAAAGCAAAGACCAAGUGUAUUGGUAUCACAAUAGAGACUAGGCCUGAUUAUUGCCUGCAGAGGCACAUGAGUGACAUGCUGAAUUAUGGAUGCACUAGGCUUGAGAUAGGUGUACAAUCAGUGUAUGAAGAUAUAGCUCGAGACACUAACAGAGGACACACAGUUAAAGCAGUUUGUGAAAACUUUAAUCUAGCAAAAGAUGCAGGUUACAAGAUUGUAGCUCACAUGAUGCCUGAUCUUCCAAAUGUAGAUUUUGAAAGGGAUGUGGAACAAUUCAUUGAAUUCUUUGAGAACCCAGCAUUCAGAGCGGAUGGUCUUAAAAUAUAUCCAACUUUAGUGAUCAGAGGAACUGGGCUGUAUGAGUUGUGGAAGACAGGGAGAUACAGAAGCUAUCCUCCUUCAACUUUAAUAGACUUGAUUGCGAAGAUAUUGGCAUUAGUGCCACCCUGGACUAGAGUUUACAGGGUUCAGCGUGAUAUACCAAUGCCUCUAGUGUCCUCUGGAGUAGAGCAUGGGAAUCUGAGAGAGCUGGCAUUGGCUCGCAUGGCCGACCUCGGGACUGACUGCCGAGAUGUCAGAACAAGGGAAGUUGGCAUCCAAGAGAUACAUAAUAAAGUCAGGCCCUAUGAAGUGGAAUUAAUUAGGCGCGAUUAUAUGGCUAAUGGUGGCUGGGAGACAUUCUUAGCCUAUGAGGAUCCAAACCAAGACAUCCUUGUAGGUUUAUUACGACUCAGGAAAUGUGCCAAGGAUACUUACAGACCUGAGCUAAAGCCUGGCCCUAAUUCUAACUUCAAACAAUGCAGUAUAGUAAGAGAAUUGCAUGUCUAUGGAUCUGUUGUGCCUGUAAAUGCUCGCGACCCAACUAAAUUCCAACAUCAGGGUUUUGGUAUGCUUUUAAUGGAAGAAGCCGAAAGGAUUGCACGAGAAGAACACGGCUCAGACAAGAUGGCCGUCAUAUCCGGCGUCGGCACACGAAACUAUUACGCCAAAAUUGGCUACCAUCUCGAAGGACCAUAUAUGGUCAAAAUGUUGUAUUGAACAUGAAAUA